AUGGGUGCUCGCAAAGCUCCUCUAGAUGCCAAGUCGUUGAAAACAGAGCGGACGCAUGCGGAGAAUCAAGAAAGAGCAUUUAUUGCUGCCUCCCGUCGCGGCGAUCGAACGCUUGAUGCUCGCUUCGAGUCUGCGCAACGUGCGUCAAAGAUCCACAAAGUGCGCACAGGCCGAGGGCUUAAAAUCACCAUGGACGCCGUGAAGAACGAAGAGAUGUACGAGGAAGAGGAUGAUGACAAUCAUCGACGGAAGCUCAAACAACUCGAGAGUCAAAGCGCUCAACUUAACCGUGAACUGAAUCUAGAUCACAUUUUCCUGAGGUCCGCCCGAAACGGAAUGCCAGGGUAUACCUAUCACGCUGCAAUGCAUCUAUAUCCGUAUCAGGCAUAUGGGAACACCAUUCCCAGUGCUCCGCAAGGGUAUCAGAUGCAGCCUUACCCCUCACCGGUCCAAGGCCCCCGUACUGCGCCAGCCUUCUAUAAUAGACCGGAUUCAUGGACCCGGCCUCUUGUUCAUUCGAGGUCCAUGUCGAUCGCGACACCCGAAGGUUCUCAGAUUUCCCAUGGAGCGAAUAUGGGAGGCAUGAACCAGCCAAUGGGUACACCUUGGGUCGCGCAACGUUCACUGUCGACUCCUUCAGCUAGGUCGCAGCCUCCUACUGCCCAAGCUAUCCAAUCGCGUGGGCCUACUCCCAUUUCAGCGUCAGGCGGCCAGACGCCACUAUAUGUGGGAAUGCCAAAUUCGAGGCAGUCGGUUUUGAAGCCCAGACCGCAACGUGUCGUCCGGCUUGGUGAACUUGGGGAGCCGCAUAACAACGCAAACUUUGAACGAGGAGCGCAAUUCGAGUCCACGGCUCAACCUCAGAUUCGCCGCUAUACAGCCCCGCAGGCAUUGCCGAUGGAUCAGAUGGCUCCAGGCUCUGAAUCGCCUUCAAUUCCAGCAUCAGUUUCAAUGGCACGAGCAAUGUUUGACGCUGCCCCGAACAGCAACUUCGGUGAUCAAUCCGCCUGCUGGAGUCCAUACCUGCCAUUGUUCAAUGGAGCUCGUCCUGAAAAUCGGCAUGCUGUGGUCCAACCCAGUGCGACAGUGGCACCGUACAGCAACCAAAUCACUGGCGUGGCACCGAUGGCAUUGGCCAAUCAACAAAGCGGAGAAGCCUCGAGAAGCUCCACGUCCGUCCCCACUGAAAUGACCGUCCAGGAAUCAAGAUUCGUCUCGCAGGCCCCGACAAUCCACGACAUAUCAGCGUCUGCUUCAAGCGUGCCUCAUUCCGUGAGCCCUGUGCCACCGGGCCCAAUGACUGCGGCCGCCAUGGUACGAAGCAGUAUUGACAGUCAACCUGCAGAGUCGAACGGCGCUACCACUGACUCUAAUGCACGAGCUAUCUUGAGCGAGCCAAGGCCAGCAUCCGAGGGUGCGUCAUCAAGCAGCCUCAGUUCCGGGUUCUUGCCUGCUGAACCGCCUUCAGGCCAGCUGUCGCCAGAACAUGAGCUCAUUUUACCUGACGCUCUGGCCCCAGAGCUGCUCUUUGACGAUUCCGCCUCCCAAAACUCAAAUUUUGCUGAGUCAGCAUUUGACGAUGAUGAUACCGCGAUUAGCAGCCCUCAUGUUGAGGUUUGUCGUCGGGACUCGUUUGAGUCCAUCACUGGCACGGAAAUUACGAAAGACCAGUGGCAGGAAUGCUUCAAUAAUGGUUUCUGGAAAAAUAGCACAUUUGAUAACUCGGCGUUUAUGCCCGUAGGGCUUCACGAGGAUUGA